AUGGGUUUUGGUGGGGGUGGGGGGGCUUUGGUCUCUAUUUUCAUUUUAUCAGAGGAAGGCAGAGCCACCGUCAGCCAGGACACCAGGCUGGACAACCGCGUGAUUGAUCUCAGGAGCAUAUCUCCAGGUUCAUUCCGGGUGACUGAGGAGGAGGAGCAGCAGGUCCAGUCAAAGAAGGCUCCUGAAAAAACAGCAGAAGGAAGCAGAGAAGCUGCAAAGAGGCUGAGAAAACAGGCCAAACUAGCAGCUGAGGAACAAAGCACAAACGAAGAUGACUUUGCUAAGGACCGAUAUGGUGUGUCUGCUAUGGUUCAGUCCCAACAAAAAUCAGACAGGGUGUUGGUGCACAUCUGCGACCUGACUCCUGAGAAAGCGGACCAGAUGAUCUGGCUGCGUGCCAGAGUGCACACAAGCAGAGCCAAAGGGAAGCAGUGUUUCUUGGUCCUGCGUCAACAGCAGUUCAGCGUGCAGGCACUGGUCGCGGUGGGAGACUGUGCCAGCAAACAGAUGGUCAAGUUUGCUGCAAACAUCACCAAGGAAAGCAUCAUCGAUGUGGAGGCGUCUGUGAGGAAAGUGGAGCAGAAGAUUGAGAGCUGCUCACAGCAGGACGUUGAGCUCCAUGUUGAGAGGAUAUUUGUAAUGAGCCCAGCAGAGCCUCGUCUGCCUCUGCAGUUGGAGGAUGCUGUCAGGCCCGAAGGGGAGGGCGAAGAGGAAGGCAGAGCCACCGUCAGCCAGGACACCAGGCUGGACAACCGCGUGAUUGAUCUCAGGACCACCACCAGUCAAGCCAUCUUCCGCCUGCAGUCGGGAGUGUGCCAGCUCUUUAGAGAUACCCUCACCAAAAAGGGCUUUGUGGAGAUCCAGACCCCGAAAAUCAUAUCAGCUGCCAGUGAAGGCGGAGCAAAUGUCUUCACGGUUUCUUACUUUAAAACCAGCGCCUUUCUGGCCCAGUCUCCUCAGCUCUACAAGCAGAUGUGUAUCUGUGCUGAUUUUGACAAGGUCUUCUGUGUGGGUCCAGUUUUCAGGGCAGAGGACUCGAACACCCACCGCCACCUGACAGAGUUUGUGGGUCUGGAUAUUGAGAUGGCCUUCAAUUACCAUUACCAUGAUGUGAUUGACUCCAUCACUGACACCAUGGUACAGAUCUUCAAGGGCCUGAGAGACAAUUUCCAGACUGAGAUCCAGAUGGUGAACAAGCAGUUUCCCAGCGAGCCUUUCAAAUUCCUGGAGCCCACUCUGAGGCUGGAGUACACCGAGGCUGUAGCCAUGCUGCACGAAGCCGGCGUGGAGAUGGGUGACGAGGAUGAUCUCAGUACGCCCAAUGAAAAGCUGCUUGGCCGCCUUGUCAAAGAAAAGUAUGACACAGACUUCUAUGUGCUGGAUAAGUACCCACUGGCUGUCAGACCCUUCUAUACGAUGCCGGAUCCUAACAACCCGAAAUACUCUAACUCUUACGACAUGUUUAUGAGGGGAGAGGAGAUCCUGUCUGGAGCUCAGAGAAUCCAUGAUGCUCAGCUGCUGACUGAAAGAGCCAUCCAUCACCAGAUUGAUCUAGAAAAGAUCAAGGGUUAUAUUGACUCCUUUCGAUAUGGAGCUCCCCCACAUGGUGGUGGAGGCAUUGGCCUGGAGAGAGUCUGCAUGCUGUACCUCGGCCUCCACAAUGUUCGUCAGACCUCCAUGUUCCCACGUGACCCAAAACGCUUGACGCCUUGAGCCGUCCGCUCUGCCGACAGAACCUGACAUCACUGGACUAACCGCUGACCGAACUCACAGACACUGGUGCUGGGAAACAUGAUUCAUCCUCAGUCAAGGGGGAGUAGGUUCUGCUGCCACCCUGUGACUUUAACGUGACUAACAUUGAAGACGACAGAACGAAGCAGGAGGUACUUUAUUGAUUCACGUGCAUUGUCAUCUGAAACCAACAGGCAACAACAGAAGAGUGAGUCAGUGAUUUAAUGAUGUAAAAUCACUGACACGUAACACCUUUAACAGUAAAUAAGUUUGUCUUCUUUUUUAAACAGAGACGUAAUACUAGUUUACACAUGACACUACUUUAAUGCACUCUGAUGAUCUGACUCCUCCUGUCACAGGCCUGUGGACCUGCUUUGAUAAUUGGGUGUUUUUUUUAUGUAAUUAGGGGAUUCAACUCAAUAUUAAAAUAAUAAAACUCACCAAACAUA